GCCGCCGGGGCGGUGCUGGGAUAGCGAUGGAGACGCCCGGCGCUCCGGUCCGGGCCGUGCUGGUGCCCGCGGCGUCCGGGCCCCGGAGGAAGCGCGCCGCCGGAGAGGUCGGGGCUCCGACGAGCAGGCAGCGGGUCCUGGACGAGGAGGAGUACAUCGAGGGCCUCCAGACGGUCAUCCAGAGGGACUUCUUUCCUGAUGUGGAGAAGCUGCAGGCACAGAAGGAGUACCUGGAGGCCGAGGAGAAUGGAGACCUGGAACGGAUGCGCCAGAUCUCCAUCAAAUUUGGGUCUGCCCUGGGCAAGAUGUCCCGAGAGCCCCCUCCACCCUAUGUGACUCCAGCCACAUUUGAAACCCCUGAGGUGCACACAGGCACCGGGGUGGUGGGCAGUAAGGCCCGGGGCCGGGGCCACAGCCUGGAGGACGGCGAUGAACCCAGCCUCCUGCCAGUCACAGCGCGUCCUGUGUGUCCUCAGAGCGUGGUUCUCCGUUGCUAUGUGGCUCGAGAAUCACAGACUGUUGGCAGAUUCCUUUCCUUUGAAUCCCCCUUAAUUUUUGGAGAGGCCACAGAGGAGGAGGAAAGGGAACCCCUGCCCAGCCUGGACGUCUUCCUGAGCCGGUACACGAGCGAGGACAACGCCUCCUUCCAGGAGAUCAUGGAGGUGGCCAAGGAGAAGAGCCGGGCGCGCCACGCAUGGCUCUACCAGGCCGAGGAGGAGUUUGAGAAGAGGCAGAAGGAUAAUCUCGCGCUCCCAUCGGCAGAGUGCCAAGCUGUGGAGAGUGGCCAGGCUGGCGUGGAGACCUGGAAGUACAAGGCCAAGAACUCCCUCAUGUACUACCCAGAGGGUGUCCCCGACGAAGAGCAGCUCUUUAAGAAGCCACGGCAGGUGGUGCAUAAGAACACCCGCUUCCUCAGGGACCCCUUUAGCCAGGCCCUCAGCAGGUCCCAGCUGCAGCAGGCCGCUGCCCUCAACGCCCAGCACAAACAGGGCAAGGUGGGCCCGGAUGGCAAGGAGCUUAUCCCCCAGGAGUCCCCUCGCGUGGGCGGAUUUGGAUUCAUUGCCACGCCUUCUCCUGCCCCUGGUGUGAACGAGUCCCCGCUGAUGACCUGGGGGGAGGUCGAGAACACGCCCUUGAGAGUUGAAGGAUCUGAAACGCCCUAUGUGGACAGGACGCCAGGGCCAGCCUUCAAGAUCCUGGAGCCGGGCCGCAGGGAGCGGCUGGGGCUGAAGAUGGCUAACGAGGCUGCCGCCAAGAACCGGGCCAAGAAGCAGGAGGCCUUGCGGAGGGCGACGGAGAACCUAGCCAGCCUCACCCCCAAAGGCCUGAGCCCAGCCAUGUCCCCAGCCCUGCAGCGCCUCGUGAGCAGGACGGCCAGCAAGUACACGGACCGGGCCCUGCGUGCCAGCUACACGCCGUCCCCAGCACGCUCUACCCACCUCAAGACCCCAGCCAGCGGGCCCCAGACCCCGACGAGCACACCGGCUCCUGGCUCUGCCACACACACCCCCCUCAGCCAGGAUCCGGCCUGCAUCACAGACAACUUGCUGCAGCUCCCCGCCCGGCGCAAAGCCUCGGACUUCUUCUAGUCCGUCCUGGACUGGGCCCGCGGGAGCUUCGUGGAGCCCUCCCAGCAGAGGACUCUGGCUUUCUGGGGACCCAGACCUGAGCCCGAAGUAGCGAGCAUCCCAGGAGACCCAGAAGACAGGUGCUGGGCUGGCACAGGACCUGCCCCGCGGCCUUGGGGAGCAUCCCAGGGCCUUGCUGACAUGCUUUUCUAACGAACCCCAACCUGUUGCUAUUUAAUCCUCAUUAAAGAACAUCUGCAG